AGACAGCAGCGGCCAGGUUUCAAAGCGGCCCCGGAAAGAAUUUUUUAGAUAGUUGGUCUACUGCUAAGAAAUGAAUAAAUUUGCUGCCUUUUUGCUUUUAAGCUUCAGCAUAAGUGUCGCCGCUGCAUCGAAAUGCAGUUGGUAUGAUAAAAAUUUUUAUGAACACCGUCAAGAAGCCAUCAAGUUGCUCGAUCAUUUACACAAGGUGGAUGUUCGUCUCGGGUUUGCGGUGCAGGUCCUGAAUGAGUCGGCCGAGAUAUUCCUAAACCAUAACUACUCGGCUUCAACAUUGGACAACAAAACGGUGGAAGAUUUUCUCAACAUUAUCCAAAACCUGGAAAAUGGUCUGCGCUCCUGUAUGAAGAAAAGGCGCUUCAACAAAACACUGCAUGAAUAUUUUAAGGAACUUACAAAGAAGGUCCUGCAGAACAACAUGAAGGAAAGGCACUUCAACAAAAGACUGCAUGAAUAUUUUAAGGAACUUACAAAGAAGGUCCAGCAGAACAACAUGAAGAAAAGCCGCUUCAACAAAAGACUGCAUGAAUAUUUUAAGGAACUUACAAAGAAGGUCCUGCAGAACAACAAGUACAGUGUGAAUGAGGCCUGGGAGAUGAUCAGAUGUGAAGCCAAAAUUCACAUUUUCCGAUUGGAAGACCUGAUUGGAAACAUCUUUUAA